AUGUCGGAGCUCGAUCCCGGUCGGAUCGCUCGGCGAGUCCUGCGGCCCGUGCAUCGAACGUGGAACGCUUCGAAGAUCGUGGAAGGCCCCGGACCAGUGCGACUGCGCGGCGGCUUUUCCGGUCACCACAACGAAGGCGACAACGGGUGGCGGUUGAUUAGGCCUGGAGUUACGGGAGACCAGCAACGCUUGCGGCUCCCAGAUGUGGAUAUGGGACAGAACGACGUGAACCUGCACAACACUCUAGCCCUCCCGAAGAACCCGACGUUCAAGGGAUCCACCACGGACGAACAACGCGUUUUUAUGACCGCUUACAACCUGUAUACUAGCGAGACGUAUGCUUUGACUGCCGACGGGGAGUGGGUUCUCUGGAAAGAGACCCAGGGGAUCGUGAAGAAUAUCAUGCACGCCGUCAAGCUUGCGUCGCUAAACCGUGGCGUUAUCAACGUUGAGGCCGCCUCCGAGACGACCUACCUAAGCUCCUCGGAGGACCCAGGGUCCCGAAGGGAGACGUUCCCGGCACUGUUUCGGAAGCACCGGCUCUUCGUGUACUGA